AUGAUCCGAAACCACGAAAUCGAAGAUGUCCUCAAAGUGAGCAGAGUCAUAGCCUUUUGCGCCCUCUCAAACUAUGGCAGCCUCGACUAUGCCCGCCGCAUUUUUGCUCUCAUCAAAUCCCCAAACAUUUACAUAUGGAACACCAUCAUCAGAGGCUAUGUUCAGAGUUCCAACCCAUCUGAAGCUUUCGCUCUCUACAAAAAGCUCUUGUCCAAGGGUCUCAUCCCCAACAACUACACAUUCCCCUUCCUCUUGAAGGCCUGCACCCAACUCGUGUACCUCAACAUAGGAUCAAGCAUCCAUGCGAGCACCAUCAAAUACGGCUUCGAGGACUCAGAUGCUUUUAUACAAACUGCACUUGUGCAUCUCUAUGCGUCUUGUGGCUUUAUAGAUUUGGCACGAAAAAUGUUUGAUAGAUGUGAUGAAAGAGAUGUGACCUCUUGGAAUGCUUUGAUGAAAGGCUAUGUACACAGUGGGAGGCAUCGUGAGGCCAUUUCACUCUUUCAAACCAUGCUGCGGAGAGCCUCAUGGGUGAAGCCUGAUGAGGUCACGAUGCUCGCUGUGCUUACGGCUUGUGGCCACUCAGGUGCAUUGGAUCGAGGAAGUUGGGUUCAUCGAUAUAUGGAAGCCAACAAAUUGAAGAGGACCAUUAGACUUGAGACUGCUCUUGUGGACAUGUAUGCCAAGUGUGGAAGCAUUGAAACCGCACGUCGUUUGUUUGAUGCAACAGUGGAAAGGGAUGGGCAUUUGUGGAGCGUGAUGAUCGGAGGGCUGGCCAUGCAUGGGAUGGCCAAAGAGGCACUCUCUCUCUUCUCUGAGAUGCAGAGGGUGGGGGGUGUGGUUCCUGACUCUGUGACCUUCACCAGUGUUCUGUCAGCAUGUAGCCAUGCAGGGCUUGUGCAAGUGGGUCUUCACCAUCUCGAGAUCAUGAAGGACUAUGGAAUUGAGUCCACAAUCGAACACUAUGGUUGCGUUGUUGAUCUCUUUGGACGCGCAGGUCUUUUGCAAGAGGCAAUGGAGUUCGUCAAGAAAAUGCCGGUAAAGCCUGAUGUUGCCUUGUGGGGCUCCGUUCUUUUGGCCUGUAAUGCCCAUGGGAAUGUGAAGAUAGGAGAAGUUGCGGCAAAGGAGAUGCUGGGUUUAGAUCCUCUUAAUGGAGGGGCUCAUGUUUUCUUAUCCAACAUUUAUGCUUCUACAAGAUCAUGGGAUGAGGUUAUCAGAGUUAGAAACCAAAUGAAAGAUCAUGGAAUAACGAAACCACCAGGAUGCAGCCUAAUUGAGGUGGAUGGAUUUGUUCAUGAGUUUCUUGUCGGCGAUCGAUCUCAUCCCGAGGCUGAAAGCAUAUACAAAAUGCUGGAUGAGAUCGAUAAGCUUCUAAAGAGAGAGGUUUAUGGACCCACGAGCAAGGGGACAUUUUUUGAUGUGGAUGAGGAGGAAAGUGAGCACAAUAGUGACUAG